AUGGAGUCAUUGGUCCCUGAAGAUGUGAUUGUAAAGUUCAAUCAGGAGGAGUGGGCUUUACUAAAUCCUUCACAGAAAAAACUCUAUAGAGAUGUAAUGUGGGAAACCGCCAGGAACCUGGCUUCAAUAAAUAUAAAAUGGGGAGAUCAGACCAAAAACCAGGGGGAAAAACAAAGAAUUCUUGGGUCAACAGAGAUCUGUGAAAGCAAAAAGGUUAGUCAGUAUGGAGAUAAUGUCAGCUUUAUGCCAAGUACCAAUCUGAACAACAAAUUUGUUCCUGAAGUAAAACUCUAUGAAUGUAGGAUAUGUGGGAAAAUCUUCACAGAUCAUUCAUCUCAUAAUAGGCACAUUAGAUUGGGACAUAAGCUCUCUGAGUAUCAGAAAUAUAAAGAAAACCCAUACAAAUGUAACAUAUGUAAGCAAGGCUUUACUUCCCUUCGGUCUAGGGGAAGACAUGAAAGAACUCACAAGGAAAAGAAAACCUAUAAAUGUAAGACAUGUGGAAAAACCUUAAUGGGAUUCAAAUUGCUUCGAAGUCACAUGAUCACACAUACUGCAUAUGCUCGUAAGCGGAAGGCUUGUGAGAAAAACGUUAGUUCUUCAACUUCUCUUCAAGAGAGAACCCACACUGGAGAGACCCUCUCUCAGUUGAAACACUGUAGAACCCCCCCCGGAAAUUACCAAAGUUUUCAAAUACAUGAAAGAAGUCACACUGAAGAGAAACGCUACAAAUGUAAGGUUUGUGGAGAGGCCUUUGGACAUGACACGUCCUUAAAAAUACACAAAUUGAUGCACAGGGCAGAAAAGCCCUAUACAUGUAAGGAGUGUGGGAAGGCAUUAAAACGAUACUCUUCCUUACAAAAACAUGAAAAGCUUCACACAGGAGAGAAACCCUAUGAAUGUAAGCACUGUGGCAAAGCCUACAUUAAUCGCAACUCCCUUGGGGCACACAUGAAGAUACAUACUGGAAAUAUUCUUUAUCAAUGUAAGGAAUGUGGGAAAGUAUUUGUUUACCUUAGUUGGUGUCAUAGACAUGAACAAAUGCACACUGGAGAGAAACCCUAUAAAUGUAAGCAAUGUGGUCAAACCUAUAGUCGUUAUAGUUCCUUAGAAAUACACGAAAGAAAGCAUACAGGAGUGCAGCCUUUUACAUGCAAGGAAUGUGGUAAAGCCUUUACUUAUAAAAAAAACCUUCAGAUCCAUUUGAAGGUGCACACUGGAGAGAUACCCUAUAAAUGUAAAGAAUGUGGUAAAAUCUAUAAAGAUUAUCGCUCCUUUGAAAUACAUGAAAGAAUUCAUACAGGAGAGAGGCCAUUUAAAUGCAAGGAAUGUGAUAAAGCCUUCUCUUCUAGAAAAGUCCUUCGGGGCCAUGUGAAAAUUCACACUGGAGAGAGACAAUAUGAAUGUAAAGAAUGUGGGAGAACCUAUGUUAGUAGCAUUUCUCUUCAAAGGCAUAUGAAGACUCACUGA